GUACCGGAGAAACCAUAUUCGAGAAUCCCCAACUGAACCUCAACUGAACUUCGAUAUGCCGAACAAGAACAAGUCUAAGGCAAGCCCAGCUGAGAACAAGGAAGCCCGUUCCUCUUCCCCCAACAAGUUCCUCAUACCGGAGGUGCCUAAGCAGAAGAAUAAAAAGGCCCAGUCUGCAGGUUCGCCAUCGAACUUGGUGGAUGUUGAUGGUUUUAUUAGCGCCCUGGACGAUCUGACUGGGAAUCUAACUGCGGAAGCAGAGCUCCAGCGGGAGCGAAGUCCAGUUGGGGAACCGCCAGCCAAGCGAAGGAAGCUAGAGCGCACCCAGGAGAGUGGUGGCCCUUCCUCCGAGCCGCUUGACCGUACUAACGACGAAAUGGCUGAAACUGAGGUCGUGUCGUCUUCCACCUCCGUCGGCGAAGAGGAUGGACCUUGCCACGUAUGCAAGCCCGAAGACAUCUAGAAGUGCUCCAAGUGGCAAAUGCGGUGAAAUACUAUAGGUAU